CCUUCCUUCUUCAAGUCUUCAUUUACCGUCGUCUGCUUUUUCGUCUCCACUUCCUUCCACUCGGCCGUUUUUUUGUGUUUUUUUGUUUUUGUUCUCCCCAACAAUGGCUCGCCGUCUACGGGAUUUCCCUGCAAACUUGAUCACGUCUCACGGCGUCAUUUGACUCGCAAGAGGAUGAUGAUGAUGAUGAUGAUGAUGAUGGUGGUGGUGGUGGUGAUGAUGAUGAUGUUGAUGCUGAUGAUGAAGAUGACGCUCCGGCCGCACUGAUCCGCGCAGGCAGGCAGCCAUGGCCGGCGGCAACUUGGGGAUUUUGACCGCGGCACUUCUGGCGUGUGCGUGCGUGAGCGCGCGUCACCCUGCGGGAGGGAGUUGGGGCGUCGAACGCCAACCCGCCGCCAAGCAGAAACUCUACGGGACUACGGUACCUCUUCAGCUCGUCGGACAAGACUGGACGCCAAUGCACCUGCUCCAAUCCCAGAGUCACCCGACGUCGCUGAAGCUGCUGAUUGAGGCGGAAGGGGAGCAGCUGCUUUUGACGCUGCGCAAAAACCAGGGAUUGUUUGCAAGCAACUAUAAAGAAACUCAUUACCUGCAUGACGGCACCGCAGUCGCAGACUCGCACAACUCCUUGGCUCACUGCUACUACCACGGCGAGGUGGAGCAUGAUCCGGACUCUGACGUCAGCAUGAGCACCUGCGACGCCACGCUCAAGGGGUUGAUAUCUGUGGACGGCAAAUCGUACGUGGUGGAGCCGGCGGCCCGCGGCGCCCACGGAACUCACUGGAUCUACGCAACGCAACACCUCCGCUUGGCUAGCGGCACCUGCGGGCAUCACUUCAACGUGUUCGAGCCCGGCCCGCCGCCGGACCGCGACCCUUUCAAAUCCUUCAGCACCAGGCACAAGCGUCACAUCCAGACCACCACCAAGUACGUGGAGCUGAUCAUCGUGGCCGACAACCGCGAGUUUCAGAAGCACGGCAAGGACGUAGAGAAAGUCAAGCAGCGCCUGGCCGAGAUUGCCAAUUACGUGGACAAGUUCUACAGGGCCCUGAAUAUCCGCGUGGCCCUGGUGGGCCUGGAGGUCUGGAGCGACGUGGACAAGUGUCCCGUCACGCAGGACCCCUUCACCACCCUGCACGAGUUCCUGGACUGGAGGAAAGUCAAGCUGCUGCCUGGCAAACCUCACGACAACGCCCAGCUCAUCAGCGGGGUGUACUUCCAGGGGACCACCAUCGGCAUGGCGCCCAUCAUGAGCAUGUGCACAGCGGAGCAGUCCGGAGGAAUCGUCAUGGAUCAUUCGGACAACCCGCUAGGAGCCGCGGUCACGCUGGCCCACGAGCUGGGCCACAACUUCGGCAUGAACCAUGACACGCCGGAGCGGGGGUGCGGCUGCCGGGCGACGGCAGAGCGCGGCGGCUGCAUCAUGACUCCUUCUACCGGGUAUCCCUUCCCUACCGUGUUCAGCAGCUGCAGCAAGAAGGACCUGGCGGCCAGCUUGGAGAAGGGCGUGGGCAUGUGUCUGUUCAACAUGCCCGAGGUCAAGGUGCUCUACGGCGGGCAGAAGUGCGGCAACAGCUACGUGGAGGAAGGCGAGCAGUGCGACUGCGGCGAAGUCGAGGAAUGCACGAAUCCCUGCUGCAACGCCACCACCUGCACCCUGAAGGGCGACGCCACGUGCGCCCACGGCCAGUGCUGCCACGACUGUCAGCUGAAGCCGGCGGGAACUCCGUGCCGCGAGUCGGGCAACUCGUGCGACCUGCCCGAGUUCUGCACGGGCGACGGCCCCCACUGCCCCGCCAACGUCUACCUGCACGACGGGCACGCCUGCAGCGGCGUGGACGGCUACUGCUACAACGGCGUGUGCCAGACGCACGAGCAGCAGUGCGUCACGCUGUGGGGGCAAGGUGCCAAGGCCGCGCCCGGCAUCUGCUUUGAGAGAGUCAACUCGGCGGGCGAUCCUUACGGCAACUGUGGCAAAGACGCCAAAGGAUCCUUUGCCAAAUGUGACGCGCGGGACGCCCAAUGCGGCAAAGUCCAGUGCCAAGGGGGCGCCAACCGCCCCGUCAUCGGCACCAACGCGGUCUCCAUAGAAACCAACAUCCCCUUGCAGGAGGGCGGCAGGAUCCUGUGCCGCGGCACGCACGUCUACCUGGGCGACGACAUGCCGGACCCGGGCCUGGUGCUGACGGGGACCAAGUGCGGCGACGGAAUGAUGUGCCUGAACCGCCGGUGCCAGAACGUCAGCGUUUUCGGCGUGCACGAGUGCGGCGCCAAGUGUAACAGGCGAGGGGUGUGCAACAACAACAAGAACUGUCACUGCGAGGCGCACCACGCACCUCCUUUCUGCGACUCGCCCGGUUUCGGGGGCAGCGUGGACAGCGGUCCCGUCCGACUGGCAGACGGCGUCCACGUGACGGCGGGUGUCCUGGCGGUGCUGCUCACCGUGGUGGGCGCCGCCGCGGUGGUGUGCAUCAAGCGGAAAAGCCUCCAGCGGGUGCUGUCCACUGCCAAGAAGGAUCCGCCUGACAAAUUCAGGUCUGUAAGCGCCUCAACGGGCGCGGCGUCCACCCCCAAGCGACAUCAGCCAACAAGCGUGGCGUCUCCUUCUCGACCGGCACCGCCCUUGCCUCACAGCGCCACCAUCUUUAAGGCGCAGCUCCCGCCACCGCCCUACCCGUCGCACAGCCUGCGCCGCUUGCCCCGGUGCCAGCCUCUCUCGCUUAGCGUGUCGCUGGCCGCGGCGCCGACCACGCCUCCGCAUCCUCAUCCUCACGUCCGCGUGGCGCUGGCGAGAAGGACGGCCGUCGCGUUCCGUGGCGCUGCCCCCCUAAACGCCUGCAGGUUGGAAGUGGAGCGGCCCGGCCCCCCCCAGAAGCCUCUGCCCGCGGACCCUCGGACCGCUCACGCCGCACCCGGACCCGUGCGUCCCCACCCUGCAAAAAGUCUGGCCAUGCAGCCCGCCACGCUGCCCAAGCCCCGCGUGGUUUCCAACGUCAAAUACAGCAGAUGAUGACGUUGCCCGCGGCGAUGGUGGAAUUGUUUGCACUAUGGUCACCUUCAAAAUGGCGGCCCUGACACGCCUUCUUGGUGCUACGAGUUCAGGUACACGCAAGUGAACUAUUUAUAUGACCCCUAUUUAUUUGUGGCCACACAGGGCACUGUGCCUGACACUUUAUUUUUUUUUAAACACAUAUAAUGACUCUUACGAGCCAAGAUUUUACAGCCAUUUCUUUGUUUCUUCAUCUAAAAAUUGAUGGAUCGUUAUAAAAGUCAAUAUGUGCGCAACAGUGGUGCCUUGAUUUAAAAGUACAGCCCUGCCGAUAUGGAAUUUUUUUUUUUCAAGCCCGAUACCAAUAUUUGGCAGAAGAAAAUUCUCAAACCCGAGUAAUCGGCCGAUAAAUUCAAAAAAAUUGAUAAUGAAUAAAAUAACUUAUUUUUUGGUCCCUUAAUGCUUACAACAAUAAAGAUAUGAAUUACAGGCAGAACAUUUGACUGUUUUUCAAUACUUUGUCCAUUUGAAUUUGCUUAACUUACAACAGAGAGUAAAAUCGGCAAAAAGAUUGGCAGAUUUUUGCCGAUUUUAAAAUGUUUCUUUGAAUGAUCUUUGUCUUAUGUUGUAAUGUGUUAAUGUUUAAAAAAAAAAAAAACAAUAAUGACCGAUUUUUGCCAAUUGGAAAAAAGUCCUAAUAUCAACCAAUCAAAUUGGCGAGCCGAUUAAUCGGUCGGGCCCUGCUUAGGAGUGCUCCAACUUGGACGAGUUUUUGCAGUUCCGAGCCAUCGCUUAGUUUUUGCUUUGUUUUGUGAGCCAAAAAAUGUCAUUUCAAUGAGGAAAUUUGGUUUGAGUAACUGGAGUUACAAGCUUGCUCCCGGAAUGAAUUACACUCAUAAGUCAACACACCACUGUACAGUUGAAAGGAAAAGUAUGUGAACCCCUUGGCGUAAGAUUGAACCACAAGAGCCAAUCAAGACAGAGUCAGGAGUCAGCCAACCUCGAGACCAAUCAAUGUGACGAGACUUUAGGCGUUGGUUAAAGCUGCCUGCCUUUUUCACACAUCAAUUUUUUGGAAUUGUCACAAUUUGUUUUAUUUUACGCAUACCAUUAUGAUUUCACGUCAGUUUAAAAAAAAAAAAAAAUUGACAUUCUACUUUUUUUAAGUCGCUACAUUUUGGUACAUUUUUAUCUUUUUUUGUUACAAUCACUUUUUUGUAGUUGCAUUUUUUAAGCAACCAGUUUUAGUUUUUUUGGGGUCACUUUUUCAUGUCACUUUUUUUCUUUUACAGUUAACAGUUAUGCAAAAAAAUUUAACCUGUCAUUUUUUAAAAACUGUAAAAAAAAUUUCUACAUUUGUUUACCUUUUUACCAGUCACAUGUAUUUUUUUUUUACUAGUCACAUUUUUUAUUCUCACAAUUUUUAUUUUUAUUUUUAAUCUUGUAACUUUUUUGGGGUUCUCCUACAUACAAAAAUAUUUCUACCACUUACAGUUGUUUGUUUUUUUACUGGUCAAAUAAUUAUAUUUUUUUUAACCAGUCAGAUUUUUUUUUUAACCUGUUGCAUUUUUUGACAAUUUUUUUUAAAGUCACAGUAUUUAUCCUACCAUUUUUGUGCCCACGUGUCACAAUUUUAUUCUUAAGCCUGUCACAUUUUUUUUUUAACUCUUCACAAUUUGUUUUGUUCUAGUCAGAAUUUUACAUUUUCUUUUUUCAUAUUUCUUUGUGUAACAUUUUUUUCCCUACCUUUUGUCACAUUUCUUUAUCCUACAUUUUUUUUCCUGACUCCAUUUAUUAUUACGUCACAAUUUUCAGUUUUAAUUUUAAACCUGUGACAUUUUACAUUUCAGAAUGUUGUUUUCAACCACUUACAUGUUUUUUUGGGGUUGUUUUUUUUAAUCGGUCACAAUGUGUUUUCUUAACUAGUCAGAAUCUUCAACUUUUUGGUAAACAUGUUUUCCUUAUUUAACCUCACAGCAGCUUGGGCAAAAUUUAACAUUGGUAAAUUUUACCAAUCAACAACUUGAAGUAUUUUUUAUUUAAUUUUAUUAGACGUAUUGGCUGCCAAAUUGUGUGCAAUGUUAAACUAAACUUGAAGCCGGCGAAUGACUGCUCUGCUUUUGACUGCCACAAUUCGUGAAAAUACUCAUAAUUGUCUUAUCUUUUAAUAUCUCAUGCAAAUGUACAACAUAAUAUUAUUGUUUCUUAUUUUUGCAUUGUUUUGUUGGUUAAAUCACACAUGAGCGGCAAAAAAAAUGGGAGGGAACUUUUGAAACUUUUGAUACGAUUUAGGUUGUGACCAUGCACUAAUUUUACUGCUUUCUUUUUUUAUAUAAAUAAAUAACUGUGUGUGUGCUGAUAAGAAGUGUGUGUGUGUGUGUGUGUGUGUGUUGUGUUACAGGUGAACACGUGUUUUUCUAUGACAAAUGUUUGAUACAUCCUACGUGCAGUAAAAACUGUCCAGUCUC